AGGAGCUGGUGGGGGCGAGGCGCGGGCCUCCUCAGCCCUGCCUGGCCUCGCAUCUGGGUGGAGCAGGGGGUGCGGGUGGAUCAGCGUGGCUAGGUCUUAAAUAUGAAAUGGUUUGUUGGAAGCUCAAAAUGAUCGGAUUUGCUGAAAAAUUGUCUACACUGAAAAAAUAUGCAAAAUAGAUAUGCCAAAUAAGCAUGCAAAUGAGCCUUAUUUACUUUCUAUUGCUUAUUAUAAGUCAAUGAGUGGGUGAGAACUGGGUCUUCAAGUUGAAGCAUUUCUUUAUUUCGAGACAUAAGAAAGCGCCAGCAGCAAACCCAAAAGUCGGGUAAGACUGAGAGCGAGUCCAGAAACUGUCAUUACAUGCACAAACAGCCGAUUUGAUGCAGGGAACCAUAAGAACGGCAAAGGACAGACCUAUUAAAUUAACAGUAGGUCGGUUGUUAGAGCAGGAGCAUGAACGGCGCGUGCCUGCAGCAGCUGGGUGGAGCACAGCUGCGCUGGUGGCAGCAGGAGCCCGGUGGUGGUCAUGGGAGACCAAGAACUGCCUGGUGUUCUGAUCCUUGGAGUUGGAGGAGUAGAAGGUGUUCUGGAAAACCAUGUGGGGCUCCUGAAAAAGAACUUUCACCUUAUCACCAUGAAGGAAUUUCUUGAAAACAAAAAAGAACUGAGUGAAAAAAUCAAAUCUAUUUUCAUAUUUGAACGCAGACCCACCAUUGACCGGGGACUCCUUGAAAGCCUGCCUAACUUAAAGGUGAUUGCCAACUCCGGAGUAGGAGUGGAUCACCUGGACUUGAAACUGAUUUCUACCUUUGGAGUGAAAGUGACUAGUACUCCACAAGCUGUAUCUGACUCCACAGCAGAUACAGGGAUGGCCCUGAUGUUGGCAUCUGCCAGAAGACUAGUAGAAGGCUGUCAGAUUGCAGUUUCUCCAGACACUGAGCGUUUUGCUGUUGACUGGCUAGGAGUGGAAGUCACUGGGGCUACCCUUGGGAUCAUUGGAAUGGGCAGGAUUGGCUAUAAAGUGGCCAAGCGGGCCAAAGCCUUUGACAUGAAAAUUCUGUAUCACAACAGGAAACGGAGGAAAGAGGAAGAGGAACAGGCUGUUGGUGCCAUUUAUUGUAAAAAGAUGGAAGACUUGCUCCAGCAAUCAGAUUUUGUCAUGCUGGUUGUGAACCUGACGCCGCAGACACACAGACUGAUUGGGAAAAGGGAGUUAGAGCUGAUGAAACCCACUGCUACUCUCAUUAACAUCAGCAGAGGUGCAGUAGUUGAUCAAGAUGCAUUGGUAGAAGCUCUUCAGAACAAAGUAAUCAGGGCUGCAGCUCUUGAUGUGACUUACCCUGAACCUCUGCCAAGAAAUCACUCAUUGUUAAAGUUGAAGAAUAUUAUUAUAACGCCUCACAUUGGAACUGCUACAGUCCAAGCCACCUGUAUGAUGACUGAAGAAGCAAUAACAAAUAUGCUUGCUGUUCUCAAUGGUCUCCCUAUUCCUAGUGAAGUGUGCCCCAAAUGACAUGUCAGGAGCCACAAAUAAAUACACAGCGCUGUAUUUUUAUGAAAGGACAUUUUUGGCCUUGCAGUCGGCCAUUAAGUGACAGAAAAAGAAUAAGUUUCUGCAGUGCUAUCACAGUUGUUCUGCCACCCAGUGGCUAUUUGCCAUAAUUGUAUUCUUAUGAUUUGAUUAAUAAUGAUGAACUAAUAAAGUACAGAGGCUCCAAGGCAA